AUGGGAGACGCAUCGGUCCCAGAGAAGGACCUGAGCAAGCUGAGCAAGGAGCAGAGGAAAGAAGAUGCCGCUUUUCUCGACAAUCUCGACAGAGAGUCGAAGGAGUUCGACAAGGUGAUUGGAAAUGGGCUUGCGUGGGUGAGAGAUAGAAGCUGACUUGAAAAUAGGAUUCUGAAAUUGAGCGAAUCAUGAAAUCCUUCCGCGCAAAUGCCUACGACGUUCUCGAUCUCCAACCUGGUGUCCCGGACGAGGACAUCAAGCGCACCUAUCGCAAGAAGUCGCUCCUCAUCCAUCCUGACAAGAGCUCGAAUCCAAACGCCCAAGAAGCCUUCGACCGCCUCGCAAAAGCUUAUCAGAUGCUCCUCGAUGAAAAACUGCGCGCCAAUCUCGAUGAAGCCAUAGCUGAUGCUCGUAUGCUCGCUAUGCGCGACAAGAAGCUCACGAAAGACGACGAGGAGGUCAAGGAGCCCAGCAUUGAGUUUAUGAAAGCUUGGAAGGAGAAGGUCAAGUACGUUCUAGCGGACAACGAGGCUCGACGCCAGCGGCAGAUGAAGGCACAGAUGCGCGAUGAAGGACGGCAGCAAGCAAAGGAGGAGCAGGAAGCUGCAGAGCGCAAGAGAAAGCGUGAACACGAGCAGGAUUGGGAGAAGACGAGAGAUGAGCGGAUUGGUAGCUGGCGUGAUUUCCAGAAGAACCAAAAGGCCGAGCCGAAAAAGAAGAAAAAGCUCAAGACGCUGGGAUGA